GUUUUGUGUCCUGCAUUGAAGGUCUGGCCUGAAUUCUGUUCUAGUAAUGUUCAACUGAAUCUGGCUUAAUUUUGAUUACGUUACCUCUAAAAUUGUACCGAUGCCUUAUCAGAAACCAUGUUGCCCGAUUUUACUAUUACCGUAUCGGCAAUAUCGGAUAUUGAACGCAACGAAUGGAGUAUUCAGAAGAGGGAAAAUCCACAUACUUACUUUGAUAAUUUCGAUACUUUUCUUUUUAAUUCUUUACAUAUUCGGAAUACCGGAACCAAGUUCCAUUGCUCAGGUGGUUAAAGAUAGCUUUUCACCACCCGCACUUCCAGUGUCGGAACAUCUUUUGCCAGUUUCUCACGUAUUCAUUGUAUCUGCAUACUACUAUCCCUACUCCAAAUCACUGGGAAAAAACGCUGUCGCUCUGAAUAUGGUCGUUGAUUCGAAAAAUUUUCAAAUGGACGGAGUGGUUUUUUCUGUUGCUGCGGCGAAUGAAACGCAUCGUCAGUUUUUGCGAGCUGAAUCGCAAGUAGAAGGAGUCCCAAGUUGCCGUUAUACAACAGUAAUGGCAAAAACUACGACAAUCGAUAACUUGUCAAAAUUUGAAAUGGAAAUUAGUGGCAAUACGGUGGAAAUCCCAUUCAAAAUGGCACGCUACACUGCCCCGAAGCCUGUCAUUAUCUGUAUUUCCCCACAAUUUGUCGCCGAGCAGUGGCAGAUCUUCAUGAUGCAAGUUCACGUUGCACAUCGAUUUGGUGGACACCUUCACAUUUAUUUAACAUCAAUCGUAGAAUCGUUUUUCAAUCUUAUGCGGGAAUACGAAAAACGAAAGUACUUGACACUAGAUUUCUGGUUGCGAAUGAAGUUCACUGACACCAAGACUCCAUUUUUUGAGCCAAAUCGACACGUGGAAUGGAGAAAUCAAGCGGGAGCUCAAAUCGAUUGCCUACUGCAAUAUAAGGAGGCCGCCGAAUUUAUAGCAUUUUUUGAUAUGGACGAUAUUCUGUUCCCGAAGACCUACCCAACGUAUUUGCAAGAGUUUAGAGCCGAAUGGGAGGUUGAUCCAACUAGUAACUCAAUUUUCUAUGGGAGACGAGAACACGAAUUUGUUAAAGCCAAAUCCUUCAAAACUUUCAAUUUCAAAGAGAUCGUUUCUACCCUCGAGUCUUCUGACACAGUGAAGCGUGGCAAAGUAGUGGUGAAGCCGGAACGAUACAAUUCCACGUGGAUUCAUUAUAGUUGGCACGAUGCAAACCGCCGCGAAAUAGUCUCCCCAAACUUGGUACAUGUGCAACGGCCACUUGAAGAGGACUCGAACAACGAGAUGACCGACGUCUGGCAAAUGGAAUUUGGUGUUUUAAACGAGACUAUACGGCAAUCGGAUAUUAAAGCAAUUGACAAAGAUAUUGCCAGAAUGAAGAAGAUCCCAAAGAUAAAGAAAAUCGCGUCGAAAUUGCCAUUGACAGAUUUCUACUUGCCUAUAGUGUUUCAGUGUUAUUAUGCUGCGUUUUACGGUGCAGCAUUCGACGGUCGGGCGGGUGGAUUCGGGUGCCCAAAUGCCGAUAACUGUAGACUGCCACAAAGGGAAGAGCAUAAGUGUGUGCAUUCAGAUGCUGAGUAUUAUUCUGGUCCACAUAUGGUUCCGUUUACCUAUCAUUUUUCAAAUAACUCAUUUUGGAAUUGGAAUAUUGGAUGUUAUCAAUAAAUAGUUUGAUUGAUU